AUGGCGGUCUCGUCAUUCUCUCUUCAGGGAACACUUCUCAUUCUAUCUCCUUCCUCCGCCACUCUCAAAUCCAAAAUCAAUUUCCAUCUCAAAACCCUAAACCCCCAAUUCUACCAAGUCCCCGUCGAAAUCACCGCCGACCUCCCCGUUAACCACCGCCACUCCCUCUACUCUUCCGGCUCCGUCUGUUUCAUUACCCCUAGAAUCCUCAUCGUUGAUCUUCUCACUAAUAAACUACCUGCCUCAAUUAUCUCCGGACUCAUCAUCCUUAACGCUCAUUCCGUUUCGGAGACUUCCACUGAAGCUUUUAUUGUUAGGAUUUUUCGUUCUCUCAAUCGAAGUGCGUUUGUUCGUGUUUUCUCCGAUAGGCCACAAGCGAUGGUUUCGGGUUUUGCGAAGGCGGAGAGAACUAUGAAACGAAUAAGGUUUAAUUACGUUGAAAUACCCGCAAUUGGAGUAGUUCACAGGCGGUGGCAUCUGUGGAGGAGACUCUAUGAUUUGUACCUUGGGAAUAAGCAAUUUGCGGUGGUUGAGAAUCCUGGCUUGUGGAAUUGGACAUUCACCUUGAAAGAUAUUGAUGGUGAGGUACUUGCUCAAGUAGAUCGAGAUUGGAGGGGCUUUGGCUUUGAGAUUCUAACUGAUGCUGGUCAGUAUGUGAUUCGAUUUGGAGGUUCUGAUCCCAGCUCCAAGAUUGGUCUUGCUAAUGCGGUCAGAAGAGUGAUGUAUGUUUAUAUAGUUUGGAAGCCGUAA